AUGGCUGUUCAGUUUUGGGAUUCCCUCCACGGGAAUUUCUCGGACUGCCCCAAUGGCUCCCAGUGGGUGUGGGACGUCUUCUCUGAAUGUGCUCGGGACGGCUGGGACAUCGCCAGCGUGGUGCUGGGCCUGGUUUCCAUCUUCUGCUUUGCUGCGGCUUCCUUCCCCCAAUAUUAUCAGGCUUGCAAAACCGGCAUCAUGGAUCAGGCCCUGUCCAUCUACUUCCUCUUGGGAUGGCUGGGGGGAGACCUACUGAACUUCAUUGGAUCGGUUUUGGCUGACCAGCUGCCCCUGCAGGUUUACACGGCCAUCUAUUAUGUCCUGGCUGACCUCCUCAUGAUCUCUCUCUACCUGUACUACAAAAUUAAGAACCAGAACAGAAGCUUUUCUGCACCGAUCAAUGCAGUCUUUGCCAUCCUGUUGCUGGGAACAGCGUCUACAACGACCUUGCUGGGCAGGCCCCUGCCUCACAGCAGCGAGGGAACGCAGCUGUUCCAAGGAAGGAUGCUUCUCUCCAUCGAGACCGACGACCACAGAUGGGAGCCCUUCACCAAGAAGGAAAUUAUUGGCUUUGUGAUUGGGUCCAUUUCAUCUCUGCUGUACCUGCUCUCUCGAGUCCCCCAGAUCUACAAAAAUUUCAAGAGGAAGUCCACCAGCGGCAUCUCCUACUCCCUCUUUGCCCUGGUGAUGCUCGGGAACACCUUGUACGGCGUGAGCGUCCUGCUGAAGAACCCAGACCGAGGUCAGAGCGAAGGCAGCUACAUUGUCCACCAUCUCCCCUGGCUGAUCGGCAGUUUAGGGGUCCUCUCUCUUGAUGUAUUUAUUUCGUUCCAAUUCCUUGCCUAUCGGCAGCAGGCGCCUCCAUUGCUUGAAGAGAGAGGUGCUCUCCUUGGUUCACAGGAGGAUCUUCAUGACAGCUGA